AUGUCGUCUGUCGGGCCAGCAGGUCUUUGCAUCGUCUUCAGCAUCCAGGUCUUUAGCGUCGUCUUCGACAUCCAGGUCUUUAGCAUCGUCUUCAGCAUCCAGGUCUUUAGCGUCGUCUUCGACAUCCAGAUCUUUAGCGUCGUCUUCGGCAUCCAGGUCUUUAGCAUCGUCUUCAGCAUCCAGGCCUUCAGCGUCGUCUUCGGCAUCCAGGUCUUUAGCAUCCUCUUCAGCAUCCAGGCCUUCAGCGUCGUCUGUCUUCAGCCAGCGCUCCCAUGGUGUAGCCGCUCCGCCAUGGCCCGGAGCUGCAUCUUCGCCGCUGUUUUUGCCGUCGCCGCCCGCGCUUCGCAGCCUGGAGCUGCAGCCCCAGUCCCGGCGCCCAUGCGAGACCUGACCUGGGGACAGCUCAACUUUCUACACACCACCGACACCCAUGGCUGGAUAGGAGGCCACUUGCUCGAACCCCAGUACUCGGCCGAUUGGGGCGACUACGUCUCCUUUUCCCAACACUUGAAGAGACGAGCCGAUGACAGGGGCGCCGACCUGCUGGUCGUUGACACGGGCGACCGCGUGGAAGGAAACGGCCUGUACGACGCCUCAACCCCCAAGGGCCUCUUCUACUACGACCUCUGGGCCGAGCAACACGUGGACCUCAUCUGCACCGGCAACCACGAGCUGUACCAGGCCGCCACGGCCGAUGUCGAGGUCAACACGACGGUCCCAAACUUCAGGCACAAGUACAUCGCCUCCAACCUCGACUAUCUUGAUCCCAGCACGGGAGAGCAGAGACCGGUGGCCCAGCGGUACCGCCGAUUCCGGACCAAGAACCAGGGCCUGGACAUCAUAGCCUUUGGCUUCUUGUUUGACUUUACCGGAAAUGCCAACAACACCAUUGUCCAGCCCGUUGCCGAGACGGUCCGGGAACCGUGGUUCCAAGACGUCAUUCGCGAAAAACCACAUCUGUUUGUCGUCAUUGGCCACGUUGGCUUGCGGAUGCCAGAGUUCCGCACCAUCUACACGGCCCUGCGGGAGCAAAACGGCCACACGCCGAUUGCCUUCUUUGGCGGCCACGCCCACGUGCGUGACGCGCGGAGCUUUGACGCGCGGUCCCUUGCCAUCGCAUCCGGGCGCUACUUUGAAACGAUUGGGUGGAUGUCCAUCGACGGCAUCAAGACCAAGACGCCCACGUUUGCCCGCAGGUACAUGGACACCAACCUGCUAGGAAUGUACCACCAUACGGGGCUCAACGAGACGACGUUCCCCACCGAGGACGGCCGGCGCGCCAGCAACCACAUUGCGCGCGCGCGCAAAGCCCUCGCCCUCGACCGCCGCUACGGCUGCGCCCCCAAGAGCCUGUGGAUGAGCCGCGCCCCGUACCCCGGCAACGAGAGCAUCUACUCGUGGAUCCAGGACGAGGUCUUUCCCGACGUCGUCGUCAACGCCAAGCGGAGGCACAAGCCCCGCCUGGCCAUUAUGAACACGGGCGGCAUCCGCUUCGACAUCUUCAAAGGCCCCUUUACCCGCGACUCCACGUACAUCGUGUCCCCCUUUGUCAGCGGCUUCAACUACAUCCCCGACGUGCCCUACCGGAUCGCCAAAAAGGUGCUCGCCCUCCUCAACGGCGCGGACAAGAUUGUCGGCGCCCACGGUGCGGAAACCAAGUUCAUGGCCAUCCCGGAGAUGAUGUUUCCUUCCCAGCGGGGACAGUCGCCGCUGCCGGCUUCGGCCGACAGCAGGCUGGAGCUCCGGAGCAUCGACACCCAUCUCACGGGGGGAUACACCACCACGGACGACGUCGGCACCGACGGCGACGACACUCUGCACAGCGCGCUUCCCUUUUACGCCAUGCCCAACUGCAUCCAGAGCGAGAUUGGCUUCCCCGCGAGGGGGGAGCCCGAGGCGGUGGACCUGGUGUUUGUGGAUUUCAUACAGCCGUGGAUUGUGGCUGCGCUCAGGUUUGCGGGGGGGGACUACAGCAGCGACCACGUGGAGGUUUACAUGGAGGAGACGGCGACGUAUGCGCUUGCGCAGUGGAUAGGGAAGAACUGGGGCAGCGAGUGCUAA